UAUAAUCUCAAGGCAGAACUGCUGAGAGCUUAGAGUGAGUUACACUGUGCACCCUGUAAGUGUGUUUUUUCUGUGUUCUUCACUAAAAAUGCCAGGAAUUGUAGUAAACGAAACUCAAUACUAGGAAAUCUGGCACGAGGAAACAUGUCUGGAAAACCCAAGCUGCACUACUUCAAUGGACGAGGCCGGAUGGAAACGAUUCGGUGGCUACUGGCAGCAGCUGGGGUUGAGGUUUGCCUCUGGUCUUUUAUACUGAGAUCCUGUGACCAAUGUGUGUUUUUACUGUUCUGUAUGAGAAGUGUGAUUGAGCAGCAGUUUCAAACUUUGCAUUUAGUAAUCGAUAUGUGCUACCAACCAGCAGACAAAAAAGAGCAGCAUUUUGCUAAUAUGAUGGACAAGGCGACAAAUAGAUACUUCCCAGUCUUUGAGAAGGUUUUGAAAGACCAUGGAAAAGACUUCCUGGUCGGCAACCAGCUGAGCAGGGCAGAUGUGCAAUUACUGGAACUCAUUUUAAUGGCAGAGGAGUGCAAACCUGAUAUACUUGCCCAAUUUCCUCACUUGCAGAGCUUCAAAGCAAGAAUAAGCAAUAUCCCCACAAUAAAGAAAUUCCUGCAGCCUGGCAGCCAGAGGAAACCCCCAGUACGAGAGGAGGACGUAGCCAAAUUGAUGAAAAUUUUCCACUGAGCAGUAGCAUCAAGCUCCAAAAUCUAUUUCAUUGCCUUUGCUAGCUGUGGGAUAAAAAUGAAAACACUUAUAACUAAGUUUUUUGAUCCUACAAGCAAAGGAAAUAGUUCACAGAUUUGGGAGUAUGUUGGACAACACAGGAUGCCUUAAAUAACUGAAGAGAACGCAUGAAAUAAAGUCUUACUCUUUCCUAUAAUUAACUGUGCAGGCAUUGCCUUUUGCUGUUAUGUAUUGGCUUUUGCAAAUUACUGUUAAUUACAACAAUUUUUAAAAUCACUAUUAACUGCUUUAAUAUAGUGUACCCUGUCAGCUUUUGUAGCCAAUGUGUAGUGUAGUGUGAUAAAUAUAUAUUAUAGUGAAGGAUUUCGAAAAAUAUUAAAAUAGAGACUAUAUGUUGUGCAUUGUAACGUUAAAUGCCUUUUUAUCUCUAACUAACUAAUAAUAGUGAGAAUAACUCAGAUAAUGUUGAUUUAAUGUACUUGUGUAGUAUCUUAUCUGAAUUAUAAGACAACAUUGAAGGGAACCAGGAAAAUAAACACCAAGAGAAAAAAUGCAAGGAGGCAUUCACUACUGACACUCACUUAUCAAGAAAUGUCAAACAACAGAACACAGCCUCAAGAAGAAAUAAAAUACAUGAAUUUCAUCUACAGGAUGGCAUGAAGACAAGACACAGUCAAACCAAGCAAAAGAAUUCCCAGAACAUGUAAACUCACAGGAAUGUUUUAAUAUGUAUAAUCCUCAUGAAUAUGCAUUUAACUAAUGUAAUGAAAAAAAUAUAUAAGAAAAUUGUUUUGAGCGAAUUGGUGUGCCUCUGGCACUUUUCCAUGCACCCCAGCACUGUGUAUGGUCCCUCUGAUCCCUUAUUAAACUUCUAAAAAUUUUAAA